AAGAGUUAAGGAGAAAAACAGGAACUGCCGCCGCCCGGCAAUUUAACAGCAAUCGCCACCCUCGAUUGGCGGGAAAAUUCACGGUCGGAAGUCGGAGCUGAAGAAGGAAUGGAAAUCGAAGAGCCGGAACCGCCGCCGCCGCGGCAGCCGAAGGAGCCUCCCAAGAUCCGGCGGCUCCACGACUCCGUGGUGAACCGGAUCGCCGCCGGCGAGGUCAUCCAGCGGCCGGUGUCGGCCGUGAAGGAGCUCGUCGAGAACAGCCUCGACGCCCGCUCCACCGCCAUCAACGUCGCCGUCAAGGACGGCGGGCUCAAGCUCAUCCAAGUCUCCGACGACGGCCACGGCAUUCGCUAUGAGGACUUGCCUAUCCUGUGUGAGAGACACACGACCUCCAAGCUGUCCACGUUUGAGGACUUGCAGUCCAUACAGUCGAUGGGUUUUAGAGGAGAGGCGCUGGCGAGCAUGACGUACGUUGCCCAUGUUACCGUCACCACUAUCACUGAAGGACAGCUGCAUGGUUACAGGGUAUCGUAUAGAGAUGGUGUCAUGGAGCAUGAACCAAAGGCAUGUGCUGCUGUUAAAGGAACUCAGAUAAUGGUUGAGAAUCUAUUCUAUAACAUGGUUGCUCGGAGGAAGACCCUACAGAACUCAGCUGAUGAUUAUUCAAAGAUUGUGGACCUAUUAAGUAGAUUUGCCAUUCAUCAUAUAGGUUUAAGCUUCUCCUGCAGAAAGCAUGGAGCUGCUAGAGCGGAUGUUCAUAGGGUUGCUACUUCAUCAAGGCUUGACGCCAUAAAGUCUGUUUAUGGUGUGUCCGUUGCUCACAAUCUGCUGAAAGUGGAAGCUCGGGACGAUGAUCCUUCCAGCUCUAUUUUUGAGAUGAAUGGGUUCAUUUCCAAUUCAUCUUACAGUGCAAAGAAGACCACGAUGGUUCUUUUCAUCAACGAUAGAAUAGUGGAAUGCACUGCAUUAAAAAGAGCAAUGGAAGUCGUUUAUGCUGCAACCUUGCCCAAGGCAUCAAAACCCUUCAUAUAUAUGGCAAUUACCUUGCCACCUGAGCAUGUUGAUGUAAAUGUUCAUCCGACAAAACGAGAGGUAAGCCUCUUGAGUCAAGAAGUUAUAAUUGGGAAGAUUCAGUCUGUGGUUGAAUCAAAAUUGAGAAAUUCAAAUGAAGCAAGGACAUUUCAAGAACAGACAGUAGAGCCUUCAGCAUCUUGUCCUAUUAUUGCAAGUCCUAUGGUUACAAGCAAGGAUCGUCACUAUAAUCCCUCUUCAUCCAGACCAAAAUCACAAAAAGUGCCUGUGCAGAAGAUGGUUAGAACGGAUUCAUUAGAUCCUGCUGGAAGGUUGCAUGCAUAUUUACAGGCCAAGCCUCUUACCAAUCUGGAGAACAGUAAUAGCUUGACUGCCGUCAGAUCUUCAAUUCGGCAAAGAAGAAACCCUAAGGAAACUGCAGAUCUUUCAAGUAUUCAGGAGCUUGUAGAUGAAAUUGAUUCAAAGUGCCACUCUGGACUGCUGGACAUCGUUAGACACUGCACAUAUGUUGGAAUGGCAGAUGAUGUUUAUGCAUUACUUCAGCAUAAUACUAAUCUUUAUCUCGCAAAUGUCGUAAAUUUGAGCAAGGAGCUAAUGUAUCAGCAAGUCUUGCGCCGUUUUGCACAUUUCAAUGGUAUAAAGCUGAGUGAUCCCGCACCCUUGCCAGAAUUGAUUACUUUGGCCCUAAAAGAGGAGGAUUUGGAUCCAGAAUGCUCUGAGAAUGACGAUUUAAAGAAGAAGAUUGCAGAGCUGAACACCAACCUGCUCAAGCAAAAGGCCGAACUGCUGGAUGAGUAUUUUUGCGUUCAUGUAGAUGAAGAUAGCAAUUUGUGCUGGCUUCCUGUCAUUCUUGACCAAUAUACACCUGACAUGGAUCGUCUCCCUGAGUUUGUCCUUUGUUUGGGAAAUGAUGUUGAUUGGGAGGAUGAGAAGAAUUGUCUACAAGGAAUUUCAGCUGCUUUGGGAAACUUCUAUGCUAUGCAUACUCCUCUGCUGCCCAAUCCCUCUGGUGAUGGUCUGCAAUUCUACAAAAGGAGCAAGCAUCUCAGUGCUUCUGACGAUGGAGGCAAUGACAAUAAGACGGAGGAUGAGAUUGAUCACGAACUACUGUCCGAGGCACAGAUGGCCUGGUCGCAGCGAGAAUGGUCAAUUCAGCAUGUCUUGUUUCCUUCCCUGAGACUCUUUCUGAAGCCACCAGCUUCUAUGGCUGCAAAUGGAACAUUUGUCCAGGUGGCUUCAUUGGAGAAGCUUUACAAGAUCUUCGAGAGAUGCUAAGAGCGACAGAUUCAACUUGGUCCAGAUAUCAUCGCUUACUGGUGCAGCGAGUACUCCAGUGCGGCUGUGCCAAUGUAAAGUCUGAUUGUAAGAGGUUGUCUUCUGUAGCAUGACCAACGUGGAAAGUCUAGAUCAUAUAUGACCGCUGUGAAAAAUAGUUCUGGUUCAGUCAGUUUCGUUUGUUGAUGUUGUCCAACUGCCAAUGCGGUUGCACUUCUCAUCUUGUGCUAAACUCGAGCCAAAUAGACUUUCCAAGAAUCACCUCAAAUAACAACAAGAACUCGAUAUUUGCAAUUUUCGAGAUU